UCACAUCACCCUUGGGGGGUGGAGACAAAAUUGUCCAUUCCCUACAACUCAUCUCCCUCCCUCUCUUUCUAUUUUCAACAACAUGAAUUGAACAAGUCAUUGUACAUUAAAACAAUAAUUGAUUGCUGUUGUUCGUAGGAAUGGUUUGUUGAAUUGUUUCUUUUGUGCAUAAGAAGCUUCCUUUUCCUCUAUAGUCGUUUUCAUAGAAAUCUCCAUGCAACCAAUUUGAAAGCGUUAGUUCCCAUUAUUUCCUUCCUCUUUGUUUCUUGAUUUUCCGACAAAGAGGAGAGAAUGGCGGGUGGGUCGUCGGAAAAAAUGGCGGGUUGCGGCCUAUUUAAUGCGGUUUUCGGCCGCCGGAGCAUUCCCCGGAGAUCAACCUCCACCGGCUCACUCCCCAUCGAUAAGGACGACCACCAUUGUCGUCCCACCAAUCUCGCCAGAGCUCCGAGCACCCCGAGCCUUAAUCGUCUCCGGGGAAGCUCCGACGAGCGGUCCAUAUUGGAAAUCGCCACCCCGGACGGCGACUUUCCGGCGAAAAACGCCGACAGAAUUAUUUCCCGUCCUGCCCCUAGGGCGUCCCAGAAAACACAACAACCAAGAGGUCACAACAAUGGCAAUAAUAAUAAGAAUCCGGGGAGAAAGGCUUCAGAGGGCGCCAUGGAAAUCUCCGACGAGCUCGAAACCAUGCUCGCCGAUCAUCAAGGAACAAAGGGCGAACCCAAAAUGCUCCGAGCCUCGUCCAACAACUUCAUGCUGUUCGGAAAUCUGGGCAAUUUACGACAACAACCUGGGAGCAACAAUAAUCCGGUCGAAAACGUUCUUGAUCAUCUCCCAAGAACCGCCAAGGAAGAACAGAAACCUCGGAACGGGAAAUACGCGACGAGCGUGAUGGGAAACGUGGUGAAGAAACAUGAGAACGGUAACGGAGAGAAGCCUUCAUCGCCGUCUCUCUGCAGAGCCAUUUCCACGAGAAUGGAUCCUGAAGAGUUGAAGAUUCUGGGCAAUGAAGAUUACAAGAACGGAAGAUUCGCAGAAGCUUUGGCUUUGUACGAUGCGGCCAUCUCCAUUGAUCCAAACAAGGCCUCUUAUCGCAGCAACAAGAGCGCUGCACUUUCCGCUCUGGGAAGGCUUCUUGAAGCUGUUUUUGAAUGCAGAGAAGCCAUUAGGAUUGAACCCUCUUAUCACAGAGCUCACAACCGUCUCGCAACUCUUUAUGUCAGGUUAGGAGAGGUAGAAAAGGCUAUGUAUCAUUAUAAACAAGCAGCGCAUGAAGCUGAUCCUGAUGUUAUGACCAAAACCAAAAAUCUUCAACUUCAUCUCAAUCGGUGCACUGAGGCCAAGAAGCACAAAGAUUGGAACACACUCUUGAAGGAAUCCGACCUGGCCAUAUCGGCUGGGGCGGAUUCUGCACCACAGAUAUUUGGUUUGAAAGCGGAGUCAUUGAUGAGGCUGCAUAGGUACGAGGAAGCAGAUGAAGCCAUGAAAAAAGGUCCCAACUUUGACGUUGAUGAAUGCACCAAAUUUCUGGGUCCGAUUGGCAAUGCGAGUCUGCUAAUUGUACAAGCUCAAGUCGACAUGGCCGCCGGCAGGGUGGAGGAUGCGGUGGCGGCGGCGCAGAGAGCGAGCCAGCUGGACUCCAACAGCAAGGAGGUGGGCGUGGUGGGCCGGAGAACACGGGCGGUGGCGGCUGCCAGAUUGAACGGCAACGAACUUUUUAAGGCCGGAAGGUUUUCAGAGGCGAGUGUGGCUUACGGAGAAGGACUGGAGCAUGAUCCCUACAAUGCCGUGUUGCUGUGCAACCGCGCCGCCUGCCGGACAAAGCUGGGACAGUACGAGAAAGCGCUGGAGGAUUGCAACGCCGCCGUCAACCUCCGGCCGUCGUUCACCAAGGCUAGGCUAAGGAGAUCCGACUGUCUCUUUAAGAUGGGAAAAUGGGAAGCAUGCAUGCAAGAAUGUGAGGUGUUGAUGAAAGAGACAGCAGACAAUGAAGAGAUUGGGAAGAUGAUGAAGGAAGCUCAACAGCUUCUGCUUAGAAAACACCAUGAAAAUGGCAGCAGAUAGAGAUGGCGAGAGAUGUGAGUGUUGGGGAUCAGAAGACUGGAAGUUGUUGAUUCUUGCAGAGAGUGGAGCAGAAAGAUGCAUGGGGACCACGUACGAGGUAGUAGGAUUCGAUGGACAGAGGAAUAAGAAUGGAUUCAUGCAGGAAUGGAAUGAACUGCAGUGUCAUUGUUGAUGUUGUGAUAGAUGCUUCAUUUUCUUAGAUUUAGAUGGUUUAAUUUGGCUAAAUCCCAUGGGAGGUUUAAUUUAGUGAUGAGUUCUUGUUUGUAUUGGAUGAUUGAUUUGUUGAACAAAUUUUGUGGUGAAUGUAAAUUUAAAUGAACCAAAUUCUAUAAUACAAUAUCAUUUU